UCUUGUUGCAGAAACUUUGGUGAGCCUGAUGUGGAAGACUCGGUAGAGGUGUGCGCCACCGAAGUGUCGGUGACACCCAGCGCCGGCAACCAUGAAUCCGGUAGCUCCAAGGUGAAGGUACACAACAUUGUAGACUAUACGUGGGAGGAACGGUUCCACACGGGCCAACUGCUCGCUGUCCAUAUGGGAGGAGUCCUCAUCGCGUAUGGGAUCAAAGCCAUCAACAAGACCGUGGGUGUGGUGCGCGUAGUCAACAGGAAGACCGAUGAGAGGGCUCUCAUUAAAGGCAUGGAGGGUGCAGUGCAAGACAUAGCGUUUGCUCAUAUUCCCAAAGAGGUGAUCUUGGCGUGCGUCGACCACAACGGGAACUUGUUCGUUUACCGGGUGAUAGAGGACUGUAAGUUUCGGCUCACGUGCGAGCUACAGCUGCAUAUCUUACCCGAUGACGAGUACGUGCCACAGACCGGAGACUUCUACCGUGUAAUAUGGUGUCCGUUCAUACCAGAGCUGCCAGAUGAGAUCGAAGAAGAAGAUGUGCAGGAAGCAGCGGAGGACGUUGCAUGGCUCUUGGCACUGUCUCGGGGCAAGAAGAUGGAGUUGUGGAACAUCAAAAUGGUGACGAAAAGACAUUCCACGGGUCCUGUCAAGCCGGGGAUGGUCAAGAUGGGAUAUCUGGAGAUCAACGAACACCAGAAGCCCAUAGUGGAUGCGGCGUUUGCUCCGGAUGGAACAGCAAUAGCUACUGCUAGUCUGGAUGGUGAAAUUAAGUUCUUUCAAGUUUACAUGCAGAAUGGGAAGAAACCCAGGUGUUUACAUCAGUGGCAACCUCAUGGAGGAGAGCCGUUGUCAUCAUUGUUCUUUCUGGACAACCAUAAGAACUACAACCCUGACAUUCAAUUCUGGAAGUUUGCAAUAACUGGAGCGAAAAACAAUUCGGAGUUGAAGGUGUGGUCUUGUGAGUCGUGGACUUGUUUGCAGACUCUGGCGUUCAAAGUGAGGCCUGACAGGCCAAUUAAUUUGAACGCUUCUUUAGAUUUAGCUUCUGGUUAUUUAUUACUUUCAGAUUUCCACCACAAGAUCUUGUAUGUGUUACAGCUGUACACUAACAACAGUGAGACUUCGGCAGCAAUAAUUUCAAUUUCAGAGUUCCUACUCCCUUAUCCUAUUUUAAGUUUUGGAAUCGUCGAUGCUGGAAUCCAGCGUUUCAAAUCUGACAAUUUGGAAGAAAUUUGUAAUGAUGAAAAUGAUGAAGAAAGUGUGCUAGGAAUUCUAGUGAGAAUGUAUUUAGUUCAACCAAAGUCUCUUCAGGAUUGCCAAAUCGCUUUUAUUCCUCCUAAACCGGGAUCCUUCGAUAAGUCCACGAUCAAAUAUCAAGUCGACGAAACCGCCCAUGUGAAUGGAGAUUUGAGUGCUUCCAAUCCUAAUUUACAAGAGUUACCAGCCAACCACAGUUCCUUACACCUGAACCUCAUGACUCCAGAUGCUUUCAACUCACCUGUAAAACACGAAACAUCUGCUUCGUCUCUGAUCAAAGCACAUACAGAUGAGACUUCCUACUCGAACACAACGACUUUGGUCGCGAGUCCUCAUUCUGAAGAGACUGAAAAUAAUUUAUUAACAGGAGUGGACGGUAAUGUAACAGCGGUGUUCGGCUUUGCCAGUGGUGGAAGCAGUCCAAGUAGGGAGGUCCAAGAAAUUCUAGGUGAAACCAGUUGUUUCUACAAGGAGACUGAUGAUAUACCACCGGAACAAGAACAGGUGGACAUGCCUUCACCAAAAGAAAAGACUGUUUGGCCAGAAAUUCCGAUGUUAAGGGCGACUGAAGUGAGAAAGAACGAAGAGCAGACACAGAUGCGGAGAAGUGUGAACCAGGCAGAAGCCAGUGGAGGAGGAGAUGCUGAGGUCUGGAAAACCACUCAGCGUUUGGAAACAUCUGUAAGCUCGAUGAUCCAUAUCACAAAUUCUUUACUGCAAGCAUUUGAGGAACAAGCCGCUGAAGUGAAACAACUUCGUGAGGAAAUUCGCCAACAAAACAUGCUGCGAGAAAUAGAAAAAAUUAUUUCCCACAAUUCCCAGCAACAGAUGACUAUUUUAGAAAAAAUUCUUGCAUCAAAAGAAAAUAAACAUCAACAAGAAGCACUGGCAUCAGCUGUUUCACAAUCUGUAAUCAAUUUUCUCAAUAGCAAAGUUUUUGAGUCCGUUAACAAAGAGAUUUCAUCAACUGUUGUACCCGCAGUUAAUAACCAAAUAGAAUCCUUGAAACACCAAAUUCAUGUUGAGAUCGACCAAAAACUGAGUGCAACAGAUCAUCUGCUGAAAGAAAACAUUACGAAGCUUGUACACAGCAAAUCCGUAAUGGACGUAUUAAGCGCUGCAACCGUAUCAAGUCUCACCCCGGUGAUUUCACAGUGUUACAAAGAGUACUUUACGAACGUCGCUCUGCCCAGUUUUGAAAAGUCCUGUUCCACGAUGUUCAAUCAGAUCAAUGAGAUUUUCUCAAAGGGCUCCAAAGAGUUUGUCACCGCUCUGGACGCUCAGUCUCAACGCGUCGCGGAGAAGAAUCGUGAACAAAGUGUUCAACUGCAGGGUCUGUCGGACGUGCUCAAGAACUGUACGAUGCAGAUGAACAACGAGCUGAAGAAGUCGGUGGCAGGCAUCGAGAAGCAGGUGAUGGAUGCGGUUACGAGUGCCCUGACCUUGCAGCAAGCUGCGCUGGAGGGCAGCAUGUUUGCCGCAGUUAGAUCUCGCAGCGUCACACCGGCUCCUCAUAUCAUGGACACCAAAAUACAACAGUCCCAGAUCCUACAACUAGUCACCCAGGGACAGAUCAAUACUGCCUUUCAGCAGGCACUGUCAGCAUCAGAUCUGAACUUGGUGGUGUUUGUCUGUGAAAAAGUCAACCCUCAGCAGUUGUUCAGCCAAUCUCCUUGCCCUCUGCAACAGCACGUGCUCCUGUCUCUGGUGCAGCAGCUUUCCGCAGACAUGAACAACCACACGGACAUCAAACACAAGUACCUGGAGGAGGCGUUGAUGAACUUGGACAUAAAAAAUGCAAUGACACGAGAACACAUACCCGUUGUAUUGAACAACCUCCAGAGACAACUUCAGGCUUACAUUGCCAACAAUCCCAAUAACAGGAUCACCAGGAGUAUUAAGCUUCUGCUGCUGGCGUCGCAGGCAAUGCUAAAUGACUGUCGCUAGCCAUGGAGAUAUUGACAUGAGUCACAAAGACGCAACAUUCCAUCUUGACAAUCAGACGAUUCAGCUUGAGAGAUUUGUGAUUGAAAAUGUGAUGGUGCAAAACAAAUAAGGCUGCAGUUAAAUUUUAAUCUGACUCAAAUUUUACUUUUUAAGAAAUACACUUGUUUUUGUUGUUUAAUCUUUUAAGUAUUGAGUUGUUUCCUAACACACUAACUUAUGAUGACAAGAAAUGUAUUUAUUUGAUUUCAGAUUCCCUUUUUGUUUCAUUGUUUACAUGACCACCAUGUAAGGUUUGCACAUAUUAAGUCAGUAUAUAAUGUAAAAACUUUAUUACGAUAAAAACUGUUUUAACACGAGUUAUGAAUUAAAUAUUCUUUUACAUGU